GGAAGAGGAGGAGUGACCAAUGGGAAUGUGAUUUUUUCCCUUCCCUAUUAAGCCCGCCUCUUCUGAACUAUUAUUGGUUGAUAUGAACAGAAGCGCCCCUUGUAUCGGGCGGUUGAUGCAGAAUACAGAGUUUAACUGCUGAGAGAAACCAACGAAGAAUCUCCCGGAUUCGCCUAGCGAUGUUGUCACUCUUCCUUUUCCUAUCUCUGUGGUGUUAAGGGCUUCCGCCAUAGAGAUUACAAGGGCUAGAGCGAAGCCACUCACGAAGCCCAUACAUAGCCAAUGGGGGCUCUCAACUGGUGCCGGAAGUUCGGGCCUUUUGCCACUCUAUGAACCCACUCUCGCCGGAAGUCCAACAAUAGCUGGGUUUUCGCUGUAGAGAUGGUGAGGUUUAAGAACAGAUACUUCGUUUGCGAGAUCAUCUCCGAGGACCCUCAUUGUCUGCAGCUUAUCGAGGAGCGCACGGUUCACAACGCAGUGAAAAAUGCUGUUGCACGAAUUCACGGAGACUUUGGACUAGCCUGCUGCUCCAUCGCUUUUUCAGUAAAGUACCUCAAUGCUUACACAGGAGUUGUUCUGUUGUGUUGCCGGAAGGACUUUUAUCGGCUACUUGGUUCAUCUCUUCCCUUCAUCAGUCACUUGGAGAACAAGAAUCAGUGUUAUCCCUGUUCCUUUAACACGCUAUAUGUUGGAGCUACAAUACGGAGGUGUCAGAAAUUCCUAAUCCAGUACAACAAGGACCAGCUGCUCCUGCUGCUACGCAAUUACUCCAAUGAAGCAGACAGACAAGCCAUCCAGAAGUCGAUGCAGAGCUGUGCACUUGUGGGAGAGCAGCAGUUUCAGAGUCACGAUGAAGACAGCGAUGUUAGCACAGAGAUGGCCUGAACAAAGCAGUAGUCUGUGGACUCUUGUAGGACAAGGCCAUUUAUAUGAGGGAUUCUUGCUGGCAAGGAUCAAUAUUUCUCUCCCCCAGUUCUUUUUAAAGCAGUUAAUGUAUAUGGUAAUAAAAUAGAUAAAAGCAAA